AUUUCCUCCUCCCUCCCUCCUUCCCUCUCUUUGCAGCUGGAUUGCCCCUCCUUCCUUCCUUCCCUCCUUCUUUCCUUCCUUGUCUGGGACUUGGGGUCCUUUCUCUCUCCAGCCAACUUUGCUCCAGCCCCACCAGGUCCCCUGUUUUUUUUUUCCUUUGGAGGAGAUGCAGCCCUGCAAAAAGCACUGAUAUAGAGGGGCUUGGGAGGCCUCAUUGCUUCCAGUGCUGCUGCUGCUGUUGUUGUUGUUGCUGCUGCAGGAGCAGCCAAGCCCAUGGAGUCCCUCCUGCUUCUCCUCUUACUACUCCUCCUCUAGCUCCACCGUGGAUCCCUUAGUACUUCUGCUACUACUACUGCUACCACCGCCUUCCCAGCCUGCCUUUGUUGUCUGCUAUGUGGAGUGGGGAAAAACAACAACAGUGACAAGGUCAGCCCGUACUUAAGAUUUGUAAAACGGUAUACAAUAUUGAGAAAGAACUUGGCCGUUUUCAGCAACUAAGUCUGUCCAGGAAGUAAUUGCUGAAUGAAGCUGAGAAAGUCCUGGUUAAACAGUGUACUUCCAUGAGAGGCAAUUGAUAUUCACAAGUCUACAAUGAUAAAUGGACUUAUGAUAAUUCCUGUACUAGCGAUGGUGUUCUUUCCAUCACCCAGCAUACAAGAUGAUGAGCUCAAACUAAUAGCGGACUAUGAAUGUGUGUGUGAAGGCAUGUCAUGUGGGAAUGGAGUACGCUGCAGAGGCCAUCAGUGCUUUGCCUCCCUGAGCAUCAAUAAUGGUGCUAAAGUGUCCCAGAAAGGAUGCUUCCGAGUCUAUGAACAAGGGAAGAUGACUUGCAAAACGCCUCCAUCUCCUGACCAAGCAGUUGAAUGCUGCCAGGGAGACCUGUGUAACAUGAACAUCACGGCACAGCUGCCAACAAAAGGGCAUCCACUUCAAGGGGAAGCUGUAGGUUACACUAUGGAAACACUUAUCGUUUUUAUACUGGCUUCAGUUAUGAUGCUGAUAGUACUUUCCGCAGUAGCGGUUUUGAUCAUCCGGAAAGUACAACAACACUAUAUGGAAAGACUCAACUCAAGAGAUGCAGAAUAUGGAACAAUUGAGGGACUCAUAGCCUCGAAUGUUGGUGACAGCACACUGGCAGACUUGUUAGACCAUUCCUGUACAUCUGGGAGUGGCUCUGGUCUUCCUUUUCUAGUACAAAGAACAGUGGCUCGUCAGAUCACUUUGCUGGAGUGUGUAGGGAAAGGCCGAUAUGGAGAGGUCUGGCGAGGACACUGGCAAGGAGAAAAUGUGGCAGUCAAGAUCUUCUCUUCCAGAGAUGAAAAGUCCUGGUUCAGAGAAACAGAACUAUACAAUACGGUGUUGUUGAGGCAUGAAAACAUUUUAGGCUUUGUUGCCUCAGAUAUGACCUCUAGGAACUCAAGUACUCAGUUGUGGCUAAUAACACAUUACCAUGAGAUGGGCUCCUUAUAUGACUACCUACAACUCACUACACUGGACACCGUGAGCUGCUUACGAAUAGUCUUGUCCAUAGCUAGUGGCCUUGCACAUUUGCACAUAGAGAUCUUUGGGACUCAAGGAAAACCUGCCAUUGCACACCGAGACUUGAAGAGUAAAAACAUCCUGGUAAAGAAAAAUGGACAGUGUUGCAUAGCAGAUCUGGGUCUUGCAGUCAUGCACUCCCAAAGCACCAAUCAGCUGGAUGUGGGGAACAACCCCCGUGUGGGUACCAAGCGCUACAUGGCUCCAGAGGUCUUGGAUGAAACAAUCCAGGUGGACUGCUUCGAUUCAUACAAAAGGGUUGACAUUUGGGCAUUUGGACUGGUCCUUUGGGAGGUGGCCAGGCGCAUGGUUAGCAAUGGUAUCGUUGAAGAUUACAAACCUCCAUUUUAUGACGUAGUUCCUAAUGAUCCUAGUUUUGAAGAUAUGAGAAAAGUAGUCUGUGUGGAUCAGCAAAGACCAAACAUUCCCAACAGAUGGUUUUCAGACCCUACGUUAACUUCCCUUGCCAAGUUGAUGAAAGAAUGCUGGUAUCACAAUCCAUCUGCAAGAUUAACAGCUCUGCGAAUUAAAAAGACCUUGACCAAAAUUGAUAAUUCCCUAGAUAAGCUCAAAGCUGACUGUUGAAAAUACAUGACCCUACAAAGACAUAAAGGUUGGGUCCAGCUCAAAACUACAGCCUGAUGAUUCUAGGAUUCACUCCUACAUGGCUUCAGGCCUAGAUGAAGUUGUUUACCUGAACCAGCCAUUUGAGAGGAAAUGAAACCAUGGAGCCUUAAUUGGUGACUGUCCACAACGUUUUACAAAUGGCCAAUCUCUAAAGACUUAGUGCUGAACCUGGAGUGGCCUAUGGGAGUAAGACAGAGAAAGUCCUAAGACAAAACUGGGGCAUUAAAACCAUGGCUUUUAAUUGUGGCUUUUUUAAUUUCAUAAAAAUAAACAAAGUGUUUCCUUGUUACUUCCAAGUUUAAAAACACAUGGAAGCGGUCAAUAAUCAGCGUCAUUUCCUGCGCUUCUUUUCUUUAUUGCACUAGGGAUUCUUUGCAUUCCUUACUUGCACUGUUACUGUUUAGUUUUUAAAGACAUGACUUGCCAAAAAUAGGAUUGGCUGUGUACUCAUUGAUCUUUUUUUUUUAACAGUAAGAAAUCAACAUGGGGAAUUGAACCCGUAACUGGCUCUUUAUCUUCUCUCUCUCUCUCUCUUUUUAUUUGUUAAGCUGCAUUUUACACAAGUGUACUGUUUACAAUAAUGCUGGACACUAGGAAUUACUGUUUAUAAGGAAACGUGCAGAUUUUAUUUAUUAGAUGUGCGCUUAACGUUUUUUAAAAAAAAACAAGGAAAGGUGCAAACAGUUAAAAGCUUAUUUUUAUGUGGCUUCUAUCAUUGUUUCUUACAGACUUUUAUCAUGACAUGGUAUAAUCUGAAAUAAUCCCACUUCUCUCCCCUUCCCUCCACCCAUAUUAUCAAUUAGACAUUUUAAUCACAUUUUAAUUGCUUCACAUUUUAUACGUGUGUGGUCUGUAACAUAUAUUUUCAGUUCAGAAUAUGCAGAACGUUUAUAUAUAAAUAUAUUAUGAUUAUGAUUAUUAUAAUUAUUAUUAUAUAUCUCAAAUAUAAAACCAUUACACAAAUGAUGCCACAUCUAGUACCUUAUUCGCCUUCUAGUGGAGGGGAGCAACAGAGGAAAAUGGUAGAAUUGGUAUGUCAUAGUUCUUAUGGGAAGAUGCAUUUUUCUUCUAAGCUAUAUAUGAUAUGCUUUUAAACUCUGUCAGGGGGGAAAGUUAUUUUUUUUAAAAAUUACUUUUUGUAUUUAGUGGUUAAGUGUAGAAAAGAGAAUAUUUUCAAACUGAAGACAGUGCUCCCUAGUUCUGUUAGUGCCUCUUGACGGCUAAAGGGAAAGGCCAUACAAUUUUGCAUCACCAGCAUAUAUCAAUGUAUAAUUCCUGAUGUUUGCUAUGUUGGCAAGUCAGAUGUAAUUUCAACAGACCUGCAUGGUAGAUGGAACAUCACUAAGGAAUUCCACAAUAAUCCUUCAUACAUGUGAUGGUGCCACUGAGCAUUCCUCCUGGAGAUGUGACUUCUCAAUGACAUGAAUUCUUGUGUGAUGAUGAUGUAUGGAUCAUGUUAUUCUGACUAUGGUUUUUUUUUUUUUUUUUAAUUUUGAGUUUCCUGAGCAAAACGUUUUGAUCCCAGUGCCUUGCCUUGCCUUGCAACUGCAGAAGCUGUUCUCUUCAUGGAAUGUCCAUAGUAAAAGCCAGUUGAAUGUUAAUUGUGGGUGAUUUAGAUAUUUUAAACUAUCUCAGUGCCACACGCUUCUUGAAAAGCAAGCUAGAAAAGCUUUAUUUCAGAUGGAGUUGUCUUAAAAGAGCCAGGGCAAUAAUGACUUCUGUUUUGCCCAUCCUCUCUAUUAUGUGCUUCAGCUGCCUUAAUGGGAAACGUAUGCAAGGGCCUGCCUUGAUUAGUACAGUUCUUAUUUAUGCUGUUUAUUGUCACUGAAUGAAGAUGAAAUCUUGGCCUAGGAACAUAGGUCAUGAUUUUCUGUCCUGAGGUUCAUAUCUGUAAUCUUCUGUCCAGUUCAUUCAGCUGCAGUGUGUAAUGGAACCAUGUGGAUCCAAAUCAUCACACGCUAUUGUCUGAAUUAAUUGCACUUCAUUGGAAUGAUCACUCACCUGAAAAAAAACCUGUGCAUGAAGAAACGUGGCAAAACCAUCUCUUCCUGAAAGCUUAGGUUCUGUGUUUCACUAAUUUUAACACACAGGAACAUACAGUCUUCAAUCUAUAAUUUGAAUUUGUACAGUCUUGGAAGGGCAUAGUUGCUUUUCUGCAUGGUGAAAGCUGGGCCCUUUCACACUACACAAUUACAGUAUUAUGAUUUCACUUUAUUAUUAUUAUUAUUAUUAUUAUUUAUUUAUUUAUCUGCAAUAACUACAACCUGUAGAUCAUGGGGUUUGUAAUCGUGAGGAGCACCAGAGAAGCUCUCUAGCUGAGCUUUCUAACAAACCUUCCCUACAUUUCAAAUCCCAGGAUAACACAGGAUGUUGCCAUGGCAGUUAAAGUGGAAUAGUAGUACUAUAAUUGGGAAAGCUCACUUGUUCUGUGAUUUUAGAACACAUUCAGGCAACUGCCUAAGUAGGGAAAGGUCAUCCUGGAAGAAGUCCAAGGAACAAUUAGGGUUGACAUCUGUGUUCCUAAUACUUAUUUUUAUUAUUUUAAUAUUUCCAUCUUUUGCUAUGCAGCUCAUUGUUUUUCAGGGGAGAGAGAGAUCGCUUGUCCAAAUAAUUCUGUUAUAUGUUUGGUUUUUGGUGAAAAUUUAACCAAAUAAAAAAAGUUGAAAUUAUCCCUUAAAAAAUGACCUGUCAGAUUAAUAAUAAUGAACCUUGAGGUGGGAAGUGGUUGUCCCAAUAAUAAACAUUUAGUUUUUAACUUG